AUGGCGAUAAUACCAACAACUUGUCGUGCAAGAAUUCAUUUCUUGCACGACGUGACGAUUUUGACGCCGUAUCUCGGCCAGCUCGUCUUGAUUCGGAGCUACUUAACUGGGAAAAACUUUCGAGUGGCGCUCGAGGACAAGGACGUGGAAGCGAUGCGUGCCGCCGACAUGGACGACGACUACGAGUGCAUGGUCGGCCCAGCGUCGAAUGUCGCGGUCCAGUCGCUCCGGGAGAUUGUACGGCUGUCGACGGUCGACAAAUUUCAAGGGAACGAGUCGCUCCUCGUGUUUACCUCGACGGUGCGCAACAACGACAGCGGGCGCACGGGCUUUCUCAAAACAUUCAACCGCGUGAGCCGUGCGUGA